AUGAGUUCCAACAAGCCUACACGCAAGUUUUCGACGGGCGCCACGUCGCACCGCAAGAGGCAGAUGAGCCUUAUGGUCGAGAAGGACGGUCACGUCAACGGCCCUCUUCAGACCUUAUACCUCGGUAUUUCUGCUGUCUUCGCCGAUGAUCGUACCGCCGUUAUUGCACUUGCCAUUCACGACACUGUCUAUCUCAAUGACUUCUCUAUCAAGCACAUCUCACUCGAUGAGGAGAUGCGUGAGGGACUUGACCUCAUCGCUGAUCACAUUAUCAGCGAAGUUGAGGCUUAUGAGCAUGAGAACUUCGUCAAAUUCAUCGGAGCCGGUAUCCCCGUCACACUCAAAUACAUGAGCCCAUCUCUUUGCUCUCGUCUCUGGCUUGAACUUGAUAUUGUCCCAGUGGUGCUACGACCUGACCAUGAGGCCAAGGAGAAAAGCUUUUGGGAUGUCAAACGCGUCGACGAGCAAGCUGAUUCCAUGGCCCGCAAGUGUAUUCUGAACUUCGGGCCCUCCCUCGUUCCUCACCUACAGGUCGGUUACAGGGGUAUUGUUCAGACGGACGCCGGGUUCCGGGUCCAUAUCACAAAUCUUCAAAACCACAAGGACACCUGCUCCAGCGCCACAUGGAAUACCAUGCAGUUCUAUGCCAACAAGCUCCGGGAGAAGAAAACCAAGAUCGCAUUUUUCAGCGCCACCCCCCAGGGUGGUGGUGUCGCUCUCAUGCGCCAUGCUCUCGUCCGUCUCAGCCGCCUCUUGGGUGUUGAUGUGACUUGGUAUGUUCCCAAGCCGCGACCUGGUGUAUUCCGCAUCACCAAAAACCAGCACAACAUUCUUCAAGGUGUCAGUCACCCUGAUCAACGUAUCUCGGACCCAGAAAAGGCAGCUAUCACCGACUGGAUUCAGGACAAUGCCAAGCGAUACUGGCUCUCUGAAGGCGGUCCUCUCCGCCCCCCUCAGGAGGGCGGCGCUGACAUCAUCUUUAUUGAUGACCCUCAGAUGCCUGGCCUUAUUCCCAUGAUCAAGAGGCUCACUCCCGAUCGCCCAGUUCUCUACCGAUCCCACAUCCAGAUUCGAAGUGAUCUCGUUGCUAAAGAAGGUUCUCCUCAGAAUGAUAUCUGGAACUACCUCUGGAGCAACAUCAAAGAGUCCGACAUGUUCAUCAGUCAUCCAAUCCCUAAAUUCGUCCCUCACAACGUACCAAAGGAGAAAGUCGCAUACUUUCCCGCUACCACUGACUGGAUUGAUGGUCUCAACAAACCCAUGAACAAGUGGGAUACCGGUUACUACGUCAAUAUCUACAACCAGCAGUCCCGAAAUCAGCGUAUGACUGAACUCGAGUGGCCCAACCGCAAGUACAUUGCUCAGGUCGCUCGAUUCGACCCUGCCAAGGGUAUCCCCACUGUCAUCGACUCAUAUGCAGAGUUCCGCCGUCGAUGCGACGAAGCCAAUAUCGCCGAUAUUCCUCAACUUGUCGUCUGUGGCAAUGGUUCCAUUGACGAUCCUGAUGGUGCUAUCAUUUUUGACCAGACCAUGACCCAGCUAGAAGACCACUACCCUCACCUCCUCGACGACGUCAGCGUUAUGCGUCUCGAUGCCAACGAUCAGCUUCUGAACAUGGUCAUCGCCAACGCCUAUGUCAUUCUCCAGCUUUCAACUCGGGAGGGCUUUGAGAUCAAAGUCUCAGAAGCCCUUCAUGCAGGAGUUCCUGUGAUUGUCUCCAAUGAAGGUGGUAUUCCUCUCCAGGUCAAGGACAAGGUCAAUGGAUUCCUCGUUACCCCUGGUGACUACAAAACUGUUGCUGGACACCUUAUGGACUUGUACACCGACAGCGAGCUUCAUGCCAAGAUGUCCCACGAAGCCAAGACCGGUGUUAGUGAUGAGGUCGGCACGGUUGGCAAUGCUCUGGGCUGGUUCUACCUGGCUGCCAAGUUUCAGGAGCUGGGUACGAGCCCAGGCCUUCGCGGUGAUGAGAAGUGGGUAAACGACAUGGCUCGUGAAGAAGCCGGCUACCCUUACUCCGAAGGUGAGAACCGCCUGCCUCGUCACUACACUCAACGCAAGAAUGAGGAGAAGGUACAGGAGAAUGGCGAAUAG